AUGGCGCCGCCGCAACAAGCAGCUGCGCUUCAGGAAGCCGACGAGAAGUACAAAGCCGCCCUCAAACGCCUCGUCAUAGGGGAAGGAACCGUCGCGCUCAAGUACGGCUCCAUGUACUUCGCGGUACCAACCGUCAGGGUGAUGUUCGUGUUUACCAAAGACGACGCGCAGUACAACGCGCUCAAGUGGGCAGUCGAGAAGAUGCACUACGUGUGUAGCCUGAGCACGACCACGGAGGAGGCCGUCGAGAACUUCCUCAACUGCCGUCCGCACCUGGUCUUCAUCGACGCGCGGAGCAAGAACACCAUCGACCCCAUCCUCCUGUGCAGGACGUUGUGUGGCUACAAAUGGAGCCAGUACUCCUGCAUUGUCGCAGUCGUAAAGAAAGGGUUGGCUGAUAGGCAAGAGGCAGCUAUCGUCCCGCUGCUCAGGGCUGGCUACAAAAGGUGGAUGCUGGAGACGGGCUCGCCCAUGGUGUGCCUCAACGAGGUCAUCCAGAUUGAGCACAACGACCUCAUGCACUUGUGGAAGCUAAUGACCUCCGAGGCACUGUUUUCUGCGCUGCACUAUGUGCGGGACGGUGUCAUCGUCACUGGGCCUACGCACGAAAUACAGUUUAUGAACCGCGCGGCCGAGAAACUGGUGGGCUACUCGGCGGAGGAGAUGUUGGGCGAGGACGCCCAGGAACUGCACCGCACCGAUUCGCUCAAGGAAGACGUGGCUGCAAACAUCAGCGAUCAGCUGGACAAAGGGCGUGCUUGGGAGGGCACUCUAUUCAAUCGCCGAAAGACCGGCGAGUGCGUGCCUGUCUGGAGCAAGAUCGCGCCCGUGGACAACAGCGCUGCGCCGGGGAAGCUGGACCACGUGGUGUACAUCAAGGAGAACCCUUUCCUCAUGGAUAAACCGUUUCCUCCCGAGGCCGUGGUUCUGAGCCGGAGACAGUCGUUUGCUAAGUACCACGCAAUGGUAAUCGAAGCCCCUGUCACAAAGGUCAUCAAACUACUGAUGGCGACACAAGAAAACAGUCCACCUUCCGUGGCGCAAGCCCUGGAUAGUGUCAUCGACAUCCUGCACUCUACCGACCUAUACAACCCGCAGCUGGCCGCCGGGCAGGAAAAAACCGAGGACCAGAUGACCACCGACCUUGUCGCGGGUCUCACUGGAGACGAGCCGAGCGCCCAUCGUUCGCGUAACCGGGCCAAGUCCUUAUGUGCGUGGCGUGCCACCCGGGCGUCGGCGGACGCAGUGAACGUGGUGAAGGCGUCCGCAACCCACGCUGGGAUGACCGUGACGUUGCCCAGUCUGGUCGCGGCGCCGUCCAGGAUCAAGGACCUGCUGGAAGGAGACGUCAAGUGGGAGUUCGACAUCCUCGAGCUGGAAUCCCUUACGGGACGCAGGCCACUCAUCUGGCUGGGCUUGUCCCUGUUCGCCAAGAUGAACGUACCCACCAGUAUCGAAUGCGACGACGCCACCAUCCGGAACUGGUUGCAGCUCAUUGAGUCACACUACCAGGACAACCCGUACCACAACUCCACGCACGCAGCCGACGUGAUGCAAGCUACGGCUUACUUCCUGCUCAGGCUUCGAAAGAAGGACAUAUUCGACCCGCUGGACGAGGCCAUCUGCCUCAUCUCGGCUGUGUUUCACGACGUCGACCAUCCCGGAAAGUCGAGCCCAUUUCUCUGCAACUCGAACCACGAGCUGGCCAUACUAUACAACGACCGGUCGGUGCUCGAGAGUCACCACGCAGCAUAUGCGUUCAAGCUGACGCUGUCGGACGAGAAGGUAAACAUCUUCCAGAACAUGGACCGCGACGUCUACCGCACGGCUCGCACGUCCAUCAUCGACAUGGUGCUCGCCACUGAGAUGACCAAGCACUUCGAGCAUUUGUCCAAGUUUCUCAACUGCUUCCAGAAGCCUCUUCAGGAAAGCGAAAUGAACGAGCAAGAGGCUGUGCAAGAGCGCGGCGAGGCCCUGUCGCUCCGCUCGCCGGACAGCCUCCAGCUGAUCAAGCGCAUGCUCAUCAAGUGCGCGGACGUGUCCAACCCCGCGAGGCCUACCGAGUUCUGCAUCCAGUGGGCGCACCGCAUCGCCGAAGAAUACUGCGGACAGACGGACGAAGAGAAGCGGCGUGGCCUCCCCGUGGCAAUGCCGGCCUUUGACCGCGCCAUGUGCAACGUUGCAGGAUCGCAGACGGGCUUCAUCAACUACUUCGUGCGCGACAUGUUCAGGGCAUGGUCAGACUUCGGCGAUUUCCCCGAGCUGAUGGAGUACAUCGAUAAGAACUUCAUAUACUGGAAGGACAAGGAGCCAUCGUCGACUCAGCAGGGUAGCCGCUGAGUUCGCGUGGUUGGUUGAUGGUGCGAAAGGCGGCCUCCCCGUCACCAACGAAACGCACAAGUGCAGCAGAAGUCGUGGCCUUUUUUCAUCGCCGGAGAGCCAGCUGGAUUCGCGUAGGCCCAGCGCCGUCUUGGGCGCACGCUCAUCUUACACGCGUUUGUGCUUCGUUGUGCAAGGACAGAAGACGCGCACGGAAUACCGAAGAUGGACCGCAACAGUUGGCGCAGACGAGAGCAUCACCGAAGUCGUUAGUUCAGCACGCGCCUGAGUGAAGUAACGGCGACAGUGACAGGGCAUUCGGCAUACCCUUGGCACCGUUGACUGCGCAGCUUUCGAAGAACAUGUCGGGCAGUGCGAACAUGUCGCUCGUUUUCAUCGUUGCGCAAACAUUGUCACCAUCUCGCUCAAUAAGUGAGAAUGGAAACCAAAGACGAAGUAAAACAAAACAAAGCGAAAACGAAAAGAAAAUAUGGCGUGUGUUAAUAUGAACUGAAAGGUUAUCUUGAUCAAGGCAGCUUUGUUCGUCAAAGUCGCUACAUACCUCUGGCUGCAGGUACGAGCUAGUGGUAUAGAGUAAUCACGGCAGGUAUAUAGAGCCGAUGUUAUCGCUUUAACGCUAUUCAACAUGACAACCCUGCGGGAAGGUCGCAACGCUCUACAUUUUGAACGUGGCAGAAUUCAUGCGGUUGAACUGCAUAUAGUUAUGGUGCAGUUAUAUUAGAGCGAGCGUUCUCGCAGGCUUGCAUUGCGAUGCUUCGCGCUUGCUUCCUCGCUGCGCGCCGCUCUUGCUCCAUGUGCUAAUGGGACGCAUUUGGCGGCGUGAAGUACUUAAAACCACGUUUUCAAGCAGGAUUGAGAGCGGCGCCGAGCAGCCAAACACAGCGGCCCUUGCCCAUCCGUUCCACGACCUUUACGGAGGCCAACGCAGAGCGCCACUCCAUUUGAUCUCGGAGGCCUAGACCACGAUGAGGCUGAUACAUUCGAACCAGGCCGUUUAUAACGAAUAUACCGAUGUAUUAAAAGGAGGCCUAGGCCACGAUGAGGUCGAUAGAGUCGAACCAGGCCGUUUAUAACGAAUAUUUGUGUUCGAUAUAUCAGUUAAUACCGUGUUAAUACCGUGUACCCAAACUCUGCUAUAGCGUGUUUUUGUAGUGCGUUGGUUAGAUACGGAUUUGUUAAUUUUAAUUUUUGGAAAUAAAGCCGCGCGUCGUACGAAUCUGUCACGUCAAGAUAUUGUACAGACGUAGUUUCCGGGUGCCAUAAUAAAGGGGAACCGAGGGACCACUUCAUUUCAAAUAAAAUUUCCUUUCUGCUUUC